CUUGACCUGGCAACCCUGCUGCACACCCUUCUCCAGAAAGUUGUGGGUGGCAUCGUUUUCUUUUAUUUUACCAACCUCAAAUCUGAUCAGGACAGGACAUUGAACGUGGACAGCACUCAGACCACCACCACGAGGAAGUCAAUUUAUGUCGGUUUUGUGGACUUUUGGCACAUAUGUACGAGUUUAGAGUUUAGAUUAAUUCUAAAUAUGUUGUACUCUGUACACUGUCACUCGAAGUUAGUUUCACUUUCGUUAUGAAAUUCGCAAUUAAAUUCACAGUUUAGUCUAUAUAUUUAUAUAAUGCUAAUGAAUUGUAGACCGCGUUUUAAAUAGCCUACAAUGUUUCAGUUAGUUGUGAGCGAUAUAGAACCAUUUACAAAGGUAGGCUAUUUACAAAUGGUCUGUAUCAAUGCGUCGAGGAAGGUACGUCUCAUUCAUUUGAACUUCAACAUAAUGGAUAAUCUGUGGUCACACACCAUAACUAAAAAUUGUUAGUCACACACGACAUCUCAAUACAGUAAUAUAUUGGGUUAUGAAAGGAUCGUUUGCAGUUGUACUAACCUCAAGGCUUGUAUAAAUUAUACUAUUCAAGGAUCAGUCAUUCAAAUGAACAGCAAGAAAAAUGACAUUUAGUAGAUUUGGGUUCGAAGUCAGAAGGCAGAACUAUCCUAGGCCUAAAUGAAAGUGGGAUAAAGGGAUUUAAAUAAUUGUAGGAGUCGGCUAGUGGUGCACAGAUGCCAUGGCAAGCACAGAACAGUCUGCUGUUGACUAUAUCCAAAAUGGUAGAAGACUUCUUGUGGAUAGCCUUGAGAACCACUCCCUGGUUAUUGACCAAUUGCAUAAGCAUAACGUGCUCCAUCAGGGAGAGGUCUCUUAUCUGUCCUCCAUGUAUGAGAAGUCUGAUAGAUCCAGAAAAAUGCUGGACAUGACUGUUUGCAAAGGGGAGGCUGCCUGCUAUAAGCUUUUGAAGAUAUUGUACACCACCAGGACAGUUUCACUCAAACAAGAUAUGCAUUAUUGGAUCAGCUGCUUUUCUUUCAGAGAUGACUCAACACUACAGAGUGACUUCACUCCUACUGGUAUGUGAUAUUGGCAAUUAAAUCUGAUUUGCGGUAACGUAACACCAACUGUAAAAUUGUUAUAGAGCGUACAUUACACAUCUAUACGCACUAUGCAAAGCAUAAACAUCACAUCAUAGCGACAUAGAGCAUUAUUACAGCUUAAAGGGGAGCAACAUCCAAAACCAUUCAUUUAUUAUUUUUACUAGAACUCCAUGGCUCAGUUAAAGACAGUGGGUCAGGACCCACUCCUCUACCCUUUAGCUAGAGCAAGUGAGUGCCUGACUCUGCUAACUCUGCCUUGCCACCAGACUUCCUCAGCCACUGAUUUUGUUAGAGCUUUAGUCAUUUAGAUAUAAAACGUCAUAAAGCCAUAGCAAAAUGUGUCUAAUAAUUGCAGGAAAUGACCUCUAAAACGGCUAAAUUGAUCUAAGCCCCGUGGGAAAUGGUUUAGAAUCGCAGGAAUUUAACAUUAAAAACAAAAAACAUUUUCUCUCCGCCCACCACGGGGGUGGUCUCUGUGAUAUGACACAUCUUGAUUGACAUUAUGACACCUCAUCAAGCCCAACUAACUCCUCCACGCUGCUUCGUCUUCAAACAAAACAUUCCCAGUAUCAAUGUGAAUCAGAUCGUUAAGCUUUAACAAUACCCCAUGUAGCUAUAAUGCAAUGUGUAUUAUGUGCUUAUAGAUGCUUUAUAAUAUACAGUACAUGCAAAUUAUUACCCAAAUCUCUUAGAAUCAAUGGAUAGCAAGUCAUUUUAUAAUAAAACCCUAUUUGACACUUGAGUGGUUCAGUUAUCUGCAAGACAUUUUAUUUAAUGCUCAAAUCAUGCAAUUGUCCUUGUUUCCUUAUUGCUUCAUCCUUUUUUUCUAGAUUCCAAACUUUGCUUCAAGUACAUGAGGCAGUUGAAAUUGAAAGCGAUUCGGAUUUAUGAGGCGAGACAAAAAAAGCGCAUGUAUUGGCUAAAAAACAGUUCUACAUUAAAACCAUUCACAUACAUACCUCUUGUUUUGGACCCCGACAGAAGUGUGUUUCAAAAAAGCAAGAUCUCCAAAAACAAGGCCUACAAAAAAUCUCGCUCAAAAAAACUUCAAACUUACAUUCCAGCAUUCAAGAGAAAAUUAUCCCCUGAUAAUUUACUGACAGGAAAUGAGAAAAAAAUUCUGCUGGUUGGAAAACCCGGGAUAGGUAAGACUACAGUUGCCCAGGAGAUUUUGAAUCUUUGGGCACAGAAAGAGGACAAUGCGGUGAGCUACAUGUUUUACUUCAAUGAAUCCUUGAUGAGGUCUAUGUCCCACUCUGAUGACCCCACGACUCUGAAGUCACUUUUGUUUGGCAAAUACGUCAAACCAGAGGAAGGGAUUGAGGAGAUUUUGCAAGAUAUUGAACAGAAUUCUGAAAAUGUCAUAAUUGUGUUUGAUGGAAUCAUGGACGCAAUCAGCAAUUCUGUGGUGAAGCGCAUUUUAGAGAAAGACCUUCUGUGUGAUGCUAAGAUUGUGACCACAUGCAGACCAGAGGCAGAAGACUGUGGGUUUCUGUCUGACUGGCCAUCUUAUCGAGUGGAAGUACACGGAUUCAAUGACGCGUCAAUCAGAUCUUUCUUUAGGUGGAUGUUUGAUACAGAUGAGGAUGCCAUUUGCAGAAUUUUGAAUAACCCUGAACUCUUUAGUCUUUGUCAUGUCCCAAUGUACGCCUUCAUAGUGACUGCCUGCAUCUGUUUGAGUGUUUCUAAAGAUCAUCCUUGCACUGUAACAGAAAUGUAUGUACAGAUCUUGCGAGAUAUCUUGAAAAUACGCAAUGACCAAACUACAGAACACCUCGGUGAAUACAUGCGUCGCCAAAAGGAGGCCCUCAGGUCUCUUGCUGAAAGCGCUUACCAAGCAAUGCUGGGCAAAACAGUCAACGUGACAAGAUUGGAUGGCGAAGACCACAGUGUGGUAGAUGCUUUUCUGACGUCAUCUGCUGCCAAGGACACAUCAACAUCAUCUUGGGCUUUUCUCCACAACACAAUGCAGGAGUUUUGGGCCUCUGUUUUUCUGUUGAUGACACCAGACAAAAUCACCCAAGUCCUUCAGCAGUGCCAGACCGAAGAAGGAAAGUACUUGAAGCACAUUUUCUCGUUCUUGUGUGGACUUUCUAGUCAGUCCAAUAACAUGGUUGAAUCAAUUAAAUUCUUGAUUUCUGAGGAAGAGGUGAGAGAACUAUCUGACCAGUACAUUGAAAAGAUCAUAGACUCAUUCAUCUACUGUGAGACACAGCCGGACCCUGAUGAAUCCAAUUCAGAUGUUGAUAUGGAAAAUCUCCUCUUCAUUUGUCAAUGCUUGUAUGAGCACCAGUCACCUGAUGCCUGCUUACUCCUCCUAGAAAAAGUGGGCUACGAGUUUAAUCUCAGUGGAGAACAGCUUGAUCCUCAACAGUGCUGUGCAGUGUCAUAUGUGAUCAGCCAAUCCAAAGACAGGAAUGUUCAACUGGACCUGGAAGACUGCUCUUUGUCAGAUCCGGGACUAAGGCUGAUUCUCAGGGCUUUGGAAAAUCUCACAAUGCUUAGACUGGAUUCCAUUACACAACUGCAGAUGUGGAAAGUUGCACUUCGCUCUGGCCUACAGAAAGACUGUGACAAUUUGCUGAGACUGUGUGAAUCUGAAAUUCACCUGUCAGUCCAAGAGCAAGAGGUGUGGAAGCCAGCAGAAGAGGUCCUGAAGCAGAAGAGACCAGAACAUAUUCAUCUCUGUCUACAUGUUGGUCAAGGCACCCAACAUAUUACCACAUCAUCAAUGAAAAUCAUCUUUGACCGUUUGUCAAACAUUGCAGAUAUCAGGUUCAUUUCACUCAAUGAUCAAAAAACGCAUUCAUGGAAUGAGGAAGUGAAGUCAUUGCAGAUGGAUCUUUACAUACAAGGAGCUCUCUAUGAGGUGACGACAGGACAGAAAUGCGUUGAGGGUUUGCGCCCUGUGCUUGCUCAUUUGAUUCACUCUGACUCUAUAGAGGAACAGAGCAAAUUCGUGGUUAGUCUGUACUCAAAGGCCCAUGACACGCAGGAAGGACUUCUACCAGUGUUGCAGCCUGUUUUCCAGACAACUCCUGCAGUAUGGUACAUAGACCUCUCUGAGAAAGGAACCUCUGGCAUCCUUGAAGUGCUGAAAUUUCUGAAUGUGAAGAAACCAGUUGAGCUGUGGUGGUCGGAUGAAGAGAGCGAGAGGGAAUUGACCAUUUUCCUUCAGUGUCUACCCUACAUUUCAGAGCUGAGAUUCAACGACUGCAUUCCGAACACCAAUGAUGCUAUCAAAGUGCUUGUGGAUCUCUUCAUCUGUGCAGCAACGUUGCAAGGAGAGACGCUAAACAUGCUUUCAUCAGUAUGUGGAUACUCAGCUUUCCCCUUUGCUGAUCAGGACAACGCUGGACAGUGUGAUUUUCUGUUAGAUCUGUACUCGCAUGUGAGCGACUACGAGACUCAGACAGGCAGAAGUGUCCUUCCAGCGUUACUGCCACUUUACCGGACAGCUCCUGCAGUCUGGUCCGUAGACCUCUCUGAGAGAAAGGCCUCCCUCCUCCUAGAAGUGCUGAAACUCCAACCAGAGAAGAGACCGGUGGAACUGAGGGACUGGUCAGGUGACGAGAGUGACGUGAUGAGUUUCCUUCAGUGUCUACCCUACAUAUCACACCUCGGGUUUCUCUCCAGACAGGAUGAGGGGGAGCUGCCUGAAGUGUGGAGGAUCACAUUUUUUCCAUGGUCUUGUCGUUUCCUUUUGAAAGUGUUUCUUCAAGGAGCUGUUAAUGACAUACUGAGUGGACAGAGGUCUGUCGAGGCACUCCUAUCUGCUCUGGGGUUAGCUCAUUCAUAUGACUCUACAGAGAAGUGUAUGCUUCUGUUAGAUCUGUACUCACAUGCGAAGGACUAUGAGAUUCAAACAGGCAGAAGUGUCCUUCCAGCGUUACAGCCAGUUUACUGGUCAACUCCUGCAGCCUGGUCAAUAGACCUCUCGGAGAGAAAGGCCUCCCUCCUCCUAGAAGUGCUGAAACUCCAACCAGGGAUGAGACCGGUAGAGUUGAGGGGUUGUUCAGAUGACGAGAGUGACGUGAGGAGUUUCCUUCCGUGUCUACCCUACAUAUCAUACCUCAUUUGUGACUGCCAGUUCUUCCUGUCUGUGUGUGAUGCACUCUCUGUGGGUUUUGAGGGAGAUGCACUGCUAUCCCACUGUCUCCUCCAGGCCCUACACUACACUCUCACAUUGUCUGGGUGGUUGCCCAGUGUACGCUGCGAGGCAGUAGGAGCAGUCCUAGGCCAGUCUACUGCUGACGAGGAACUGGACGUCACUCUCAUCCCACAGAGUAUCUCUCUCCAAGGAGCUAAACUUCUCUUCAAACAAGUGAAAGAGCUUCACAAGCUUAGAAUGAAUGAGAUGGCAACAGUGAAGCUAUCUAGGAUGUCACUUUUGUGCAAAAGGCCAAUGAUCGUUAAGGAGCUGACCCUGGUCUUAUCUAGGCCAAAUCCAACAGAACGGGUGCAGUGUAGAGUGAUCAGUAGUUUAGCUUCACUACUGACAGUGUGGACCGUAAGGAGCUUGGAUCUGACAGACUGUCCCAUCGAGGGUUACCUUCUUACUACUCUGUUGUGUCAUCGGGGUCCGCUCACUAUCAGACUAAGUGAGGAGAUUCUGCAACAGCUGGCAGUUGUGGUAUAUGAGGCUCAGAAUGAGGAACUGACCCAGUGCUUCCUGGAGAAGGUUGAUGGAGACCUGUCUAACUGUAGACUGGACUGGAAUGUGCUUCACUACUUGCUGAAGACCACCACACAACCCAUCACCAUCAACCUCAGGAGGAGCAGAAUCAGACUGCAUGACAUACCUCAUCUUCUCCCGUUCCUGAAUAAUAUUCACUUUCAAAGAAUGAAUUCCCACUUUGAGAGGACAGCUCUGAAAGAAAUCCACCAACAACGUGCUGGUCACAUGGUGACGACUUUAGUGAGGUCAUCAGACGAAUGGAUCAACUUGAACAACCUGGUCUUGAAACAGGACGACUGUGAAGCCCUGCGCUUUGCUUUACACUACAGUGACGGGGUGAAACUCAACCUGUUGUGGACUGUCAUUCCAAAGGAGGAGAUGGGGAAGAUUCUGACUCUUCUGCACAGGGUCUCUGAACUCAGGGUCGACAGGAAACUACUCCUGGAGCUCCUCCAUGCCUGGACAGGAUUGAUAACACAAACAGAGGCACCCGCUGCACUGUUGAGGGUUCUGAAUCACAAACUGGACCUCUCCUGCUCUUCUGCCAUGGAUCUGUCAGGGCAGGAGGAAGAUACUGUUUUGAGCCUCAGUUCUUGGGACUGCAGGGCCAUCUCUGCAGCCAUCAAUAAAGCUGAUGGUGACACAGAGCUAAUUCUACACGACUGUCAGGUUGAGGAUGCAGGACUCGAGGAGUUUUACAAAGAGUCCAUUUUACAAAGAGUCCAUUUGAGCCUUGGAAAACCUAUUUUGCUGCAGCUCCUUCACCUGGUAUUUGUGGGAGAUGGAGGCAGGUCAGAGAGACUUGCUUCACUACUAUCCAGAGCCCUGGGGAAGGAACUGGACCUCAGUCAUACCCCGUUGGACCUGAUGGCCUGUUCGUCACUGGCAUUGAUUCUGGAGCACUCAGAGGGGCUUUCAGAGCUGGACCUCAGCGACUGCCAUCUCACUGACACACAUCUGGAGUUUAUGCUCACACAUCUGCACAAGGCACAAGUCCUAAAUCUAUGCAAUAAUGAAAUCACUGAUGAAGGAGCUGUGCAACUUAACCUAUACAUGAUUGGAAACAGCUUUACAGAAACUGUAUGGCUUUGCAACAACAAGAUCACUGAGUUUGACAGCUUCUUGGCGGAUAAACGCUACAAACUUUGGCCUGCUCAUGUGCCUGGAAUGCAGGACCGACACGUCACAAACCUGGGCUCUACCUCUGUGAGAGAAGAGACCUCUAAAGUUUUUUCAAAGACCAAACCCAUUGUUAAAGAAUUUAACCCUGAGAUAGUUGAAGAGGUUGAAGAAAACAAGAUUUCCUACAGGUUCCAGUGUGGGUUUAGUGGCAAGUUCCAGUGCAGAGCUACAGGGCUGGUAUUUGGGAUGAGGGAGCCAGGUACCGUGGAGUAUAGUGUGGACCACUGGGACAUGCACAUGCUUGCUGACACAGACUCUGAGCCUGCAUGUCCUGUGUUUAAGAUCAGCUGUCCAGAGGGACAUAUGUACCAACUGCACCUUCUUCACUGCGAGACUGAGGUCUACGCAGCUGAGGCCUUGUCUGUGGCUCACAUAUGGAGCAAUAGUCUGGAGAUUCUGGUACCUAUUCGGGUGACACAUUCACAUGUGAUUAUAAACAUCAAUGGGCUCUCCAGAUGGACUUUGUUACGACGCAAGCCAAAAACAAAAACAAAAAUCAAUGGGCAGGUGCUUCUUUUCCUGGAGCUAAACGUUACAGAAGGACAACACAGGCUCUGGGUUUACCUAUUGUCCCGCAAUGUGCCAUACACUGAGGUAAUAAAGCGAAAUAAGAAGCUGGAGUUCAUCCGUGCUUGCUCUGACUGCUACCUAAGGCCCGAAGCCCGAUACAGAGUGACCUCAGACCUCGAACAGGGCUUCAGCGUCCAUCCCAAGGAGAAAGAUUUGCAUAUUCAUAAUGGCCCAGAUCAACAUGCCACAUUUACAGUCCUCUUGGACAGUACAGUUACCAAAUUGAAGCUGAUGAUUCAGGAGCUCAAGAGGAUGGGGCGAAAGAAGGUGUGGAAAUGCCAAUGGUUUGAACCGAUAUUUCUAAAGCCAGGCAGCAAUCUCACAGAGUCGGACUGGUUGCAGAAUCUGUGUCGCAUCCUGGAGCAACUGUCAGCCAAGGAGAUCAAGAGGCUUAAGUUUCUAGUCAGAACCUCAAAGGAACUCCCACAGCCCAGUAUCUCCAGCCAUGACCUGGGGUGCUUGGAGGAGCUCCACGAUCUUGCAGAGCUAAUGGUAAAGAGCUGGGGGAUGAAUGGCUCCAUUUCAGCCACUCAAUUGCUCAUGAAAGAACUGCCACGCAAAGACGAAACAGUGACAUCCUUGCUGAUGCCCUUCCUGGAGCAAUGUGUGGCGCUAAAGGGGGCGUGAGUGUCAGUGGUGUGAACAGCCUGAAAGGACCUUGGGAAGGUGCUUUCCCUCAGGGUUCUAUACUAGAAGCAUCAGGAGAAGGAGAGUAGAAGAGAACUUUCACACUGUUUUGGCUGGAGGCAACAACAACCCUAAGGAGAAGGCAGACCGACAUUGUUGAACAAAUGUCAGAUAAUGAGGUUCAUUGUGUUAUUUGCUCAGAUUUGUGCUCUUUUGCAUGACAAAUGUCUCCACUGUGUACUUGGUUAAAAAAUAUGUAUGUAUGUGUUCAUAUUUUUAAGCAUUCAAAUGUACUUUAUAUAAUAUGAAUAUUUUCUCCCUGUAUGAUAUUUUAAAGUUGCUCAAGAGAUUUUACAAUUGUUAUUUUUGUUCUAGUUCAAUAAAAAUAAUUAUUUUUC